UUCAAAAGAGUAUCGACAUGAAAAUUGGAACCAUGUUGUUUAAGACGAUAGCAGUUUUGACCCUCAGUAUUUUAAAAGAAGGUUAUGCUGUGCCAUGUACCGAACCUGGACUGACAAUGUGUGUAUGCAGAGGAACUGAAAUAUAUUGUGAGGGAUUAAAUUUAGCACAUAUACCAAGUAAUAUUCCUAAAAUUACAACAGUCUUAUCUUUUAAAGUCAAUCAGAUUAGUGCAAUAAAUGCCACAUCAUUGUCAGGACUAACAUCGCUUAAGAGAAUAGCAUUUAACGCCAACAAAAUUUCUAGUAUAGACGCUGGUGCGUUCUCUGAUCUUCAGUCUUUGGAACUAUUAUUACUUGAAAGCAAUAAAAUUAAUUCAAUAGAUGCCAAUGUUUUAUCAGGACUAACGUCGCUUAAGACAUUACGUUUAGACUACAACGACAUUUCUAGCAUAGAAGAUGGUGCGUUCUCUGAUCUCAGGUCUUUGUCCAAAUUGUCUAUAGAUAGAAAUAAUUUGACAACGGUGUCUGCUAAUGUAUUUAACAAAGAUGUAGAUCUUCGUUCAUUGUCUCUUCGUGGUAACCCAUUGGUAUGCUGUGCAAUGGCUGAUUUUUUUGAAUGGCGACCCAGUCAAAACAAUAUUACAUACUUCUCUGGCGAUUGUACUGAUUUUAACUCAACCACUGACAUCAACAGUUUUAAUGUAUCAAAGUGUCCAAUUGAUGGUCAGUGGGGCGCCUGGUCGACUGGAACAUGUUCUGUCACAUGUGGUAAUGGCAUUAAAUAUAGAAAUAGACGCUGUGACAGCCCACCAUCUUCUAACAAUGGACAAGAUUGUAUUGGUUCCAGUACAAUCUAUGCGAUUUGUAACUCAGGAGUCUGUCCAGAAUCAUGUAAAGGAUCAAGAAAGAAACCAGAAUCAAAGAGAAUGAAAACAAGAAAAUGGAAAAGCUAUCAGUAAAGACAACUGAAUAGAAGAGGAGAUACACGCAACAAAUAACGUGUACUGCAUGUUUGUCUUGUAUCUAGGGGAAGAUGCAAGACAUUGGACUCAAGAGGGAUUUUGUCUAUAAUUUAUGUUUCAUUCUGAUUGUUAAUUACUUGUUAUGGGUUAUGUUUCCUUUCUUCUUUCUUUUAUUGAUAAUAUGUUCGGUAAGUCCACAUCAGUUUGAGUUAUAAUUUUGAUAGC